AUGGCGCUGUUGCAGUGCCUGCGCGAAGCAGAGGCCAGCCGCUCGGUCCCGGUGAUAUGGAGAGAGUCGUGGUCAAAGGCAGAAGUGAGAGCUGUUAUCCGCUAUGAAUGGGCACGUGGAGUGUCGGGCACAGAAAUUCAUAACCGCCUUGUUGAGGUGCGCAGGCUGUGGGCGUUGGCGGCCAUCCGGACUGCGCUGGUGGCUGCGGCUGUGGGGGUGACACUGGCAAAGACCACAGACUACUGCAGAGUCUGCCAGGACCACACCAUGUGCCGCUUUAAGGGCAUGAGCCAGUCGUGCAAGUCUCGCAUGCUGAGCCGCGGCCUGCGGAAGGGCGACAUCCAGCUGAUCCUGUACCUGCACAACCAGCUGCGCUCCAGGGUCGCGCUCGGCCGUGAGUUCCGCGGCAACCAGCCGCCCGCCGCCGACAUGCGCAAGCUGGUGUGGGACCCCGAGCUGGCGACGAUAGCGCAGCGCUGGGUGGACCAGUGCACGUACUCCCACGACGCGUGCCGGGAUCUCCCGGCUUUCCAAGUGGGACAGAACCUGUUCGUUAUUUACGGUAGCGAGCGCGACAUCAAUGCAAACUGGAGCUCAACUGUCUUCAGCUGGUACAACGAGGUGGAAAUAUUUGACGCUAGCAACGUGAAAAAAUUCAGGUCGCUGGGGAAGACGAGCCACUACACGCAGAUGGUGGCGGCGGCGACUCGGACGCUGGGCUGCGGAUACGCCGCGUGGCGGGAGGGGGAGGCGCUGCCGGUGACGUCAAUGUACGCCUGCAACUACGGGCCGUCCGGCAACCGCUUCGGGCGCCCCCUGUACCUGGAGGGCCGGCCUUGCAGCCAGUGCCCGCCGGCGCACAGCUGCGUCGCCUCCCUGGGGCUCUGCCAGAGCGACUGCGGGCCCUCUCGUGGCGGCUAGCGGGCUGAGUCUGCGAGGGUGGCGCCUCAGCCCCUGCCCAACGUCACUUUGGCAGAAUACGUCACACUGGCAGAGCGUCGCGUCGCCCUUCUGUCUUCACUACAGCGCCCAUCGCUCUUCAGAGUGCCGCAGUUGCACUUUCCCGUUACGCCACAAGUACUCUGAAGUGUCCAA